AUGGAUAGUGAUAUAUGUUUGGAAAAUUAUCGCAAAGUAAAGAUUGUGGGAAAAGGUGCUUUUGGUACUGCGACUUUGUAUGAAAAGCCUAACAAAAAAUUGGUAGUAGUGAAGGAAAUACUAUUAUGUGAAUUAGAAGCUCAGGAGCAUGCAAAUGCUUUAAAUGAAGUACAAAUAUUAGCAGCUAUGAAUCAUCCCAAUAUAAUUAGCUACUAUAAUAGUCAAAAACUUGAUGAUGUAUUGUUAAUUGAAAUGGAAUAUGCUAACGGAGGCACCUUGUCCCAAAUGCUUCUACAACAAAACAGCAGAUUACCCGAGAGAACAAUUUUGCAUUUGCUUUCUCAGAUUACAAGUGCAUUAUUGUAUAUGCAUGCAAAUUCAAUUUUACAUAGAGAUUUAAAGUCUGCCAAUAUUUUUCUUAAUAAAGAUGGAACGGUGAAAGUGGGAGAUUUUGGAAUAUCAAAAUUAAUGCUCACUAAAGCUUAUGCGCAAACUGUACUUGGUACGCCUUACUACAUGAGCCCAGAAAUGUGUGAAGGAAAUGUGUAUGAUGAAAAAUCAGAUAUAUGGGCAUUGGGAUGCAUACUUUAUGAAAUGGCUACUUAUCAGAAACCAUUUAAGGCAACCAGCUUGCCAGCACUGGUUGCGCAAAUUAUGAAGGGAGAGUUUGAAGACUUGCCUUCUGGAUAUAGCCCCGAGUUAACUAACUUAGUUAAAAGACUGUUAGAAGUAGACAUUGCCAAAAGAGCAUCUGCCUCAGAAACAUUCUAUAAUUUAAUACCUCAAGUUUAUAAAAAAUUAGGAAAUGAAGGACAUGUUUAUGUUGGCACGCCACUUCCCAUGUUAAGUAAAGAUGACAUUUUACCAAGCUCCAAAAAAAGAAAUAAUACAACACUAAAACCCAUACCUUUGCCAGCUGCAAUUCAAAUAAAAGCAGUUUCUGUUAGCACAACACAUUUUAUUUUGGUAACAGAAGAUGGAAUGUGUUAUUCAUGGGGUAAAAAUUCGUAUGGGCAAUUAGGACAUGGAGAAACAUCUACAUGGAAUCAAUAUCCACAUAUUGUCAAGGCAUUUGAUUCUCUCAAGAUAAAUAAUGCUUGUGCAGGUUGCGAUUUCAGUAUAUUUUUAACAAAUACUGGUCACCUUUAUAGCUGCGGUAGUGGUUCAUUUGGCUGUUUAGGUUUAGGAGAUCCACAAAAUUAUGUUUUACCGACAUUAAUUAACCUCGAAAAUAUAGUUAUCAUAAAAAAUGGACCACAUCAUGUUGUUGCGUUAGAUAAUAAUAAUAAUGUAUUCACUUGGGGCAAAGGUUUUGGUGGUGCGUUAGGGUCUGGAGAUGAAAUGAAUAGAUAUACACCUAUUAAAAUCCAGUUAGAUCUCAAUCAGGAAAAAAUUGAAAAUAUAUUUUGCGGCUACCAAGUUUCAGCCUUUCUUUUAUCAAAUGGGACUAUUAUGAUAUGUGGCUGCAACACUGCUUAUAAAAUUGGGAUUUUAAAUUCUAACGUGGAUAAAAUUUUAAUACCAGAAAUAAUAAAUGUUGAUUACAAAGUUAAUUAUGUAUCAUUUGGUGAAGCUCACACAGCAAUGAUUGUGGAAGGUGGCUAUGUUAUUAUGUUUGGAGAAAAUAAAAAUGGCCAAUUAGGUAUUGGUAGUGUUGGAAAGAUAAAUAAACAAAAACCAGUUCUGGUGAAAAAUAUAAGUGAUAGAUUUAUAACGCAUGUAGAAUGUGGUCCAAAUUAUACAAUCUGCGUUUGUGAAAACCAGUGCAUAAGCAUUUGGGGAGUAAGACAUACUGGGCCAAGAUCCAACUAUAAAGAACCAGUUACUGCAAAUUUGGGUACAAAAUCUUUUGCAUACUAUUUGACUGAACUAAAUAGUACAGAAAUACUAACUGAACCAGAAGAUAUUUUAGUGCUCUUUGCCUCAGAAAAUCAAAUUGAAAAGGAUAACAUACUGACAAUAUCAGGAAUCUAUCCGUUGCCACACAGCAUAUUAAUUGCUAUAAGCACUACCACAGGUUUAGAUACAACCUAA